AUGGCGGGCGACGAAGAGAAGGGCCUCUACAGGACUCAAACGGGCAUAACCAUGUCACCCGAGCUGUUCGAGAAGCUGUACCUCACGCCCAAGGUGCCUCAGCUCGGCGACUACAACCGGCGGUUUGCCAACCCGACCGCACUCGGCUUUGUUGGCUUCGUCAUCUCGACCUUUACUUUCGCCAUCAUUUGCAUGGGAUGGGGUGGAGCACAGGGCUUCUCACCAGUUGUCUUUGGGUUUCUCCAGCUUCCAACGCUGCAACUCGGAGCCCCUUUCGCAACCGCCGACGAUCCCACGGGCCUCUCAUCGCGAGAAUACAACGCCGCGGUGGCGGUUUACCUGAUUGUCUGGGGAUUUGCCCUAUUUACGUUCUUCAUCUUCACAUGUAAGAUCAACGCCGUGUUUGCAACCAUCUUUUUGCUUGUGAGUGUGGCCGCAUGGGUGUUGUCAGGGGCAUAUUGGAAGGUCAGCUGGGGAGACUACGAGGGUGCUGGGCGGUUGCAAAAGGCGAGUGUUAUCCAUAGUGCGAGUGUUGGAGAAAGUCCAUUAACGUUCUGGCGACAGGGGGGAGGAGCCUUGUUGUUCAUCGUGGCCGCCUUGGGCUGGUACAUGUGCUUCAUCAUCAUGGCGGGAGAGAUGCGCAUCACCCUCAACCUACCCGUGGGCGAUCUCAGUCACCUUUGGCCGAGAACCGAUGUGGAGUUGGCUACCGCCGAGCAACGAGAGCACAAAUAUUGA